AAAGGCCUGUUGUAGCCCUCCUUGUUGGCUUAGUAUUACUGUAAUUACCUUUACAGGCAAAACAGUGUUGUUAUUUUUAACUAAAACUUAAACUUUUAAAUAUCAUUUUUGAUAACUGAAAAAAAAUCUGAAAUGAAAUGUAAAUAUAGGAAACAAUAAACGUAAAAAUGUAAAUAAUAAAAACAUUUAAGCUGAAGAACUACAACUAAUAAAACUAAAGAUUAAAUAAAAAUUCUAAAUUGCUAUAGUAAAUGCUACAAAAUAAAUAAAUAAAUGCUGCAAAUAAAUCAGAGUCAGCGCUAAUCCUAUUUUAUAGGAAGAUAUUUGUCUCCAUCUAAUGGUGUGAUGCUCUAACAACUGUGGAAAAGUGGGUUAAACUGUAGUGACGUCAGACGCAAAAGAGCGUCGCUGUAUUUUCCUCGUCAUCGAUCGCAGGUGUCUCUACCGGCCAUCUGGAAGGAGUUACAGUACGUACUUAGAAUGACAUUGGGAGCAGUUGCCUCUGUGAUCCUCGCCAUAGGAGGAGCCGCAGUGUUUUCUGCUCUUCAUAAGAUUGAAGAAGGACAUGUGGGCGUUUACUACAGAGGUGGAGCUCUGCUGACCACCACCAGUGGCCCUGGAUUUCAUCUGAUGCUGCCGUUAAUUACUACAUUCAAGUCCGUACAGACAACCCUACAAACAGAUGAAGUAAAGAAUGUUCCAUGCGGCACAAGUGGAGGUGUAAUGAUCUACUUUGAUUGCAUUGAGGUGGUAAACUAUCUUGUUCCCUCAGCAGUUUAUGGCACUGUAAGAAACUUCACUGCCGACUACGACAAAGCUCUGAUUUUCAACAAGGUACACCAUGAGCUGAAUCAGUUCUGUAGUGUGCACACACUUCAGGAGGUCUAUAUAGGUCUAUUCGAUCAAAUAGAUGAGAAUCUUAAGCUCACGUUGCAGCAGGAUCUAACCAGCAUGGCCCCCGGACUCAUCAUUCAGGCGGUCCGUGUCACCAAGCCAAACAUUCCAGAAAGCAUUCGCAGGAACUAUGAACUAAUGGAGAGUGAGAGAACAAAGUUACUGAUAGCAGCUCAGACUCAGAAGGUUGUAGAGAAAGAAGCAGAGACUGAGAGGAAAAAGGCUGUCAUAGAGGCAGAGAAGGUGGCUCAGGUGGCUGAAAUAAAAUUUGGACAGAAAGUUAUGGAAAAAGAAACAGAGAAAAAGAUCUCAGAAAUUGAAGACAGUGCUUUCCUUGCUAGGCAGAAAGCAAAAGCAGAUGCAGAGUUUUACACCGCACAGAGAGCAGCAGAGGCCAAUAAACUAAAGCUGACCCCUGAAUAUCUCCAGCUGAUGAAAUUUAAGGCAAUAGCAGCUAAUAGUAAGAUUUACUUUGGAAGUGAGAUCCCUCAUAUGUUCAUGGACUCGGGACCAGGAAGCUCCUCUUCAGCUGCCUCCAAAGCCAUAGACGCCCUCUCAGAGGGCAAACUGGACUUGGAAUGAUGAGAGAAGUUGUGUUGUAGCACUGAGGAUAAAUUAACAGGUAAUAAAAGAGACUGAUGGCAAGUCAUUAGACUGCAUUGGUACAGUCAGUGUAGCUGAAACCACUUCAGUAAAGUAACACGGUGCUGUAUCAGUGGAACCGAAACACUAUACCCGCAACUAUUUCCUGGUGAGUUGAUCACAAGCCAGUGGUGGUUAACCAGAGUAUUAUACUUUAAAGUAGAACAGUGUGUGGGAAUGUGAAUUUGAAUGUGAGAUUAGAACCCAGCUAAAUAAAUGUAGUUUGUGCAUGAUUUAAAUGUUUUAAGAUACAUCAAGUUUGUAAACUAAAGAAACAUUCAUUUUUUUUA